AACGGAGCCGCGCUGCACUGCUCCACGAGAGACGAAUCGGCUGCACACGCUUCACUAAGCGCAAAUUUCAACUCCAACACAACUGUGCCUGGCUACGACACAAAGAAGCUCGCGACAGGUUGGAUACAUGUUCGCGUCUGCUGUCUGCUUCCGCCGCAUCUGCAGGGUCCCUGUUUUUAUGUCGGAUCUGUCACGCAGAGGUCUGAUUCCAGAGAUUGCGUCCAUCCGAAC